GGUCUAAACUUAAUGGAAUGAAGAUGAGAAGCUUUAUUCUGGAUCCAUCACUGCAGCCCCUCUCCAUAUGUUUCACUAGCUGGAAUGAGCACUCACUGGGUUUGUUUCUGACCUAAUUCACAAUGAUGUAAAGCAGCAGUGAUUUCACAGAAGAGGAAGCAGAUUUAGCUGUUGAGAAAGCAGAGCUGGGCACAGCAUUGCUCCAACAGCACUCAUUUACAGGGAGGUUCGUGCCAGAAUUUUUUAUGGAUAGCUGUUCUGCUCCUGACUGAGGAAAUCACAGUGGUUGCUCUAACUCUCUUCCUCUUUCCAAAUCUGGCUAACCAGUGCUGAAGCAGGAAAAGAACUGGUGCCCAGCCUGACAGGAACCUUCAUCGUCGUGUUCCUAGACGCAUCUCACAGCAGCGAGGGAUAAAAUCAACGUGGGGAUUACCUUUAUCCGAAGGAACGAUUGUGACAGGCUCUUUCAACAAUCACCAGGGCCAGAGCUUGCAGGUGACAGGGGUUUGGAAACUCCUCAGUUUGGAAUCUCCCUGCACUCUUCCUUCGUCAGCUUACGUCGUUCAGAGAUGCAGCCUGAGGAACAGGAGCAUGCCAGAAACCAGUUGAAAACAAACCAGGAUGUUGUUAGCAAGGAGGACUCAUGGAAGUGACAAUGAACUGAUGGAGCUUUGUUGCCCUUCUCUGGAUGGACAUGUUCCAGUGUGUCAACAUCUCUCUUGAAUUGAGGAGCCCAGAACUGGACACAGUUGCAGAUCUCCCAGCCUUUUCUGAACCUGCAUCUCUCCUUUGAGCUCCUUCCUUCCCAGCAGGAACUGGCAAAUCAUUUCACCUUGAUGCAGGGAUCAGAAGAACAUGCCUUCAGCAAAAAGAAGUCUGCCUCUCACCUUUCUGGACUCAGCACUGCAGUAAACUGGAAGCAGAGCCUGUCAGCAAGUGUGGUUUUGUGGGACUCCUCUUCCUUUGAUGAGAGGCUUGCCACAGAAGAUGGAGUUUUGAGAUCCACUUGGCAGGGGAAGGCUGGUCGCAGCCCGCUCCAGGCCCUGUAUGAGAGUGACCAGUUUGAGCAGUCGUCACGGCAGGCAGUUCACCAGCAGAGACGGGAGCUGUUGAGCAACAUCUGCAACCGUUACACCCGCAAGCGGCGCCUCCUGCGGCCGGAUGACUUGCGGCACUUGGUGGUGGAUGACACGCACGGGUUGCUCUACUGCUACGUGCCCAAAGUGGCCUGCACGAACUGGAAGCGAGUAAUGAUGGUCCUCACGGGGCAAGGCAAGUACCGGGACCCCCUGGAAAUCCCUGCCAACGAGGCCCACGUCUCAUCCAACCUGCGCACCCUCUCCGAGUACAGCAUCCCCGAGAUCAACCACCGCCUGCGCAGCUACCUCAAGUUCAUCUUCGUGCGGGAGCCCUUCGAGCGCCUGGUCUCGGCGUACCGCAACAAGUUCACCCGCAGCUACAACACAGCCUUCCACAAGCGCUACGGGACCAAGAUCAUCCGGCGGCACCGCCGGGAGCCCAGCGACCGGGCCCUGGAGCGCGGGGACGACGUGCGCUUUGAGGAGUUUGUCUACUACCUGCUGGACCCACGGACGCAGCGGGAGGAGCCCUUCAACGAGCACUGGGAGCGGGUGCACUCGCUUUGUCACCCCUGCAUCGUCCACUACGACGUGGUGGGCAAGUAUGAGACCUUGGCUGAGGAUGCCAACUACAUCCUCCAGCUGGUUGGGGCUGACACCAGCAUCAAGUUCCCGUCUUCGUCCAAGAGCACCAGGACGACGGAUGACAUGACAGCACAGUUCUUCCAGGACAUUAGCCCCUUCUACCAAAGGAGACUCUUUAAUUUAUACAAAAUGGACUACUUGCUCUUCAAUUACUCCAUCCCCUCAUACCUCCGCAUCCGAUGAGGCAGGGGCUGGGGGGAGAGGCAGAGGAGAACUGGGUAACUCUCGUCUUGCCAUAAUUCCUCUCCUCCCACCCUGUGUUCAUCUCAUUUGGCUAUCUCCUCCAUGCCUUCUGUGUUGUGGUCUGCUCCAUAUCGUGAUGUCUCAUGCAUGGUCUGGAGGGAGGACACCUCUCAAAACACUGUGGCUGGAGCUUUUCCUUCCCUUUCCCUCCCACCCUAUAGGGAAUGGUGGUGGGACCAGACACUGCCAGGUAGCAGGAGCUUGCCUUGACUAGGACUUUCUUAAAACUAGGAGACUCCUCUGUAGAGCCAAGUCUUGGGAAGGCUCCUUUUUUUUUGGGCAGGAUCCCUUCAGGUCUUUCUCCUCCUCACUGGGCUGUUUGGGGAUGGACACAGUGUCUCAGAGGUAGGGGUGGAGUGCGUCAAAGACUUGCAUAGAACCAGAAAUAAAGCAAUAAUUUAA